AGGCGGCCGAGCGGACGGCGGGGGAUGGCGAGAUAGCGGCACGGCAGCGGCCCGACUGACUGCUUUGCACAGAUGAUGAACCUUUCCUCACAUUUAAGAAGACCCUCCUGGAUGAUGGAUAGUAAAAGAAUGGGGAUGACAUCACAUUUCCAGUGGCUCUUAUUAACAUUUACUCUCCUAUAUUUAAUGAACCAAGUAAAUAGCCAGAAAAAAGGGGCGCCUCGUGAUUUGAAGUGUGUAACUAACAAUUUGCGGGUGUGGGACUGUUCUUGGAAAGCACCCUCUGGAGCAGGCCAUGGUACUGUUUAUGAAGUUUGCAUUGAGAACAGGUCUCAUUCUUGUUAUCAGUCAGAGAAGACAAAUACUAAGAUCCCUGCUCUUCCACCUGGUGAUCAUGAAAUAACAAUAAACCGUCUGUAUGAUUUUGGAAAUCUUAUAAGUAAAUUCACACUAAAUGAAAAAAAUGUUUCUUUAAUUCCGGACACUCCAGAGAUCUUGAAUUUGUCUGCUGAUUUCUCAACUUCCACAUUACACCUAAAGUGGAAUGACAGGGGUUCUGUUUUUCCACAUCACUUAAAUGUCAUCUGGGAAAUUAAAAUUCUACGUAAAGAAAAUAAGGAAGUCGUAAAAUUAGUGACCCACAACACAACUGUGAAUGGUAAAGAUACAAUUCACCACUGGAGUUGGACCUCAGACAUGCCCUUGGAGUGCACCACUCAUUCUGUGGGAAUUAGGUGCUAUGUUGAUGAUCUUCAUUUCUCUGGUCGCAAAGAGUGGAGUGACUGGAGCCCACUGAAGAACGUUUCUUGGUCACCUGAUUCCCAGACUAAGGUUUUUCCUCAAGACAAAGUGAUACUUGUAGGCUCAGAUAUAAUAUUUUGUUGUGUGACUCAAGAAAAAGUGUUAUCAGCACAGAUUGGCCAAACAAAUUGUCCCCUUAUCCAUCUUGAUGGGGAAAAUGUGGCGAUCAAGAUCCGUAAUAUUUCUGUUUCUGCUAAUAGUGGAACAAAUGUGGUUUUUACAACAGAAGAUAACAUAUUUGGGACUGUUAUUUUCGCAGGAUAUCCACCUGAUACUCCUCAAAAACUGAAUUGUGAGACCUCUGAUUUAAAAGAGAUUGUCUGUACUUGGAAUCCAGGAAGACCAACCGCAUUGGUGGGCCCACGCAAUACGAGUUACACUUUAUUUGAAAGUUUUUCGGGGAAAUAUGUUAGAUUUAAAAGAGUUGAAGCGCCAACAAAUGAAAGCUAUCAGUUAUUCUUUCAAAUGCAUCCAAAUCAAGAAAUAUAUAAUUUUACUUUGAAUGCUCACAAUCCUCUGGGUCGAUCAGAAUCAACUAUUUUAGUUAACAUAACUGAAAAAGUCUGUCCUCGUAUUCCUACUUCAAUCAAAGUGAAGGAUAUUAAUUCAACAGCUGUUACACUUUCCUGGCAUUUACCAGGCAACUUUGCAAAGAUUAAACUUUUAUGUCAAAUUGAAAUUAACAAAACUAACUCAGUCCAAGAAUUGCGGAAUGUCACAAUCAAAGGAGUAGAAAAUUCAAGUUAUCUUGUAGCUGUGGACAAGUUAAAUCCAUAUACCAUAUAUACUUUCCGGAUUCGCUGUUCUACUGAAACUUUCUGGAAAUGGAGCAAAUGGAGCAAUGAAAAAAAAUACUUAACCACAGAAGCCAUUCCUUCAAAGGGACCAGAUACGUGGAGAGAGUGGAGUUCCGAUGGAAAAAAUUUGAUAAUCUACUGGAAGCCUUUACCCAUUAAUGAAGCAAAUGGGAAAAUACUUUCCUAUAAUGUAUCCUGUUUGCUUGAUGAGGAGACACAGUCCCUUUCUGAGAUCCCUGAUCCUCAACACAAGGCAGAACUACAACUUGAUAAAAACGACUACAUCAUCAGUGUGGUGGCAAAAAAUUCUGUUGGCUCAUCGCCACCUUCUAAAAUAGCUAGCAUGGAAAUUCCAAACGAUGAUCUCAAAGUAGAGCAGGCUGUCGGAAUGGGAAAUGGAAUUCUCCUCACUUGGAAUUACGAUCCCAAUAUGACUUGUGACUAUGUUAUUAAAUGGUGUAACUCAUCUCGGUCUGAACCCUGCCUUAUGGACUGGAAAAAAGUCCCUUCAAACAGCACUGAAACUGUAAUAGAAUCUGAUCAGUUUCGACCUGGUGUAAGAUACAAGUUUUUUCUGUAUGGGUGCAGGAAUCAAGGGUAUCAGUUACUGCGCUCUAUAAUUGGAUAUGUAGAAGAACUGGCUCCAAUUGUUGCGCCAAAUUUCACUGUUGAGGACACAUCUGCAGAUUCGAUACUAGUAAAAUGGGAAGAUAUUCCCGUGGAAGAGCUCAGAGGCUUUUUAAGAGGAUACUUAUUUUACUUUGAAAAAGGAGAGAGAGACACAUCUAAAAUAAGGGGUUUGGAAUCCGGUCGGUCAGACAUAAAGAUUAAGAACAUUACUGACCUAUCCCAGAAGACACUGAGAAUUGCUGAUCUUCAGGGUAAAACAAGUUACCAUCUGGUCCUGCGAGCCUACACAGAUGGUGGCAUGGGCCCAGAGAAGAGCAUGUUCGUGGUGACGAAGGAAAAUUCUGUGGGGUUAAUAAUCGCCAUUCUCAUCCCAGUGGCCGUGGCUGUCACCGUGGGAGUGGUCACGAGUGUCCUUUGCUAUCGGAAACGAGAAUGGAUCAAAGAAACCUUCUACCCUGAUAUUCCAAAUCCAGAGAAUUGUAAAGCUCUGCAGUUUCAGAAGAGUGUCUGUGAGGGAAACAGUGCUCUCAAAACAUUGGAAAUGAAUCCUUGUACCCCAAAUAAUGUUGAGGUUCUGGAAACUCGAUCAGUGGUUCCGAAAAUAGAAGACACGGAAAUAAUCUCUCCGGUAGCCGAGCGGCGGGACGAGAGCUGUGAUGCAGAUGCCGAGAACCACGUGGUCGUGUCCUACUGCCCCCCUGUCAUUGAGGAGGAAACGGCGCAGCCGGGCGCCGAGGAGGCCGGAGGGACCUCUCAGGUCGUGUACAUCGAUAUCCAGUCUAUGUACCAGCCUCAGGCGAAACCAGAGGAAGAUCAAGACAGUGACCCUGUCGGGGGCGCCGGCUAUAAGCCCCAGAUGCACCUGCUGGUCCCUGCUACUGGGGCAGACCUCGGCGCGGAGGACGACUUAGAUAAAACUGCUGGUUACAGACCUCAGGCAAAUGUCAAUAACUGGAACUUAGUGUCUCCAGACUCUCCCAGGUCCACAGACAGCACCAGUGAAACGGCCUCUUUCGGAAGCCCCUGCUCCAUUAACUCCAGGCAGUUUUUGAUCCCUCCUAAAGACGAAGACUCCCCGAAGUCGAACGGGGGAGGGUGGUCCUUCACAAACUUUUUUCAGAACAAACCCAACGACUAACAGCGUCGCCGCGUCACUUCAGUCUGCCAUCUCAGUAAGCUCUCCGUUCCGGCGCUCCUGGGCCAGCACUGGGCGUCUUGGAGGGAUCCUGUGAAGUACUGUUGGCGAGGAGGACCUUCCCGCACGCAAGUCACACUCCAAGUGUCCCUGUGCUUUCAGUGUAGUCUCACAGCCCAAGUAGAGUCACUCAGAGAUUCGGUCCAUGCAGCUCAAGUCUUGGAGCGACCCGUGAUCAGAGCCAGAGAGUUCCCACGUGCUCUCCCUUCAGGAAGCACUUCCCGGCGGAUACCGUCCGGUCCGCACACGCAAAACAAGUCCCCCAGCCGCGUGUUCUGUUCUGCUAGUGGUUUUCUCAUACGGAUGCUGUGGAAUUGCGAGCCGAUUACAGGCACGGGAGAAAGACGUCAGAGUACCAGAUGAUGUUUAUUUGCCUGACACUUGCUCCAUUCUAGAUGAAAACCAAGCACAGAUUUCAGAACUUUCAACAUGAGUCUCCUCUGUCCACAGCAUUUACAAAAAAUUAAUAUAAUUUCUGAUGUAGUGACCGCUAUGUAGUGUUUUGUUUGAUACAAAGUAUGCUGAUUUCUGUGCCUACUGUAUAAUGGUUUUCAGACAGUUUUCUCAGGGGUACAAACUUUGAAAAUGAGCAUGACACUGACCAGCCCAAAUUACAAUCAUGUUGUCUUUGCUUUGGGAGGUUUUGCAAACCUUUUCCUUACCCUGUAGCUUGCAUGUGAACUUCCUUUAUUGCAUUUGGUUGCGCUGACGUUUAAGACCGAAUUCUCUAAGCCUGGAGACCUGAGGUUUUUUUAAAAACUGGUUUUCUUAUGACACAGUGUCCAUGUUACACGAGCAAAUCCAACAUUACUGAGAAACAGAAUUGCAGUGAUUGUUUGAGGGGACACCUGCACAAACGCUCGCUGCGUUAGCUGUCUGUAGGGUUCCGACUAGCUUCAGCGCCUCCCCAGGACACAGGGCAGUGGUGACCUUUGACACCUCGUAGCGAAGGUUCCUUCUGAUCAGGCAUUUUGGCAGUUUUGCUUUUGAAAUGAUCAUCAGUCUAGACUGUUUAAACACAGUCUUCAGAUUUUUAAAUCUAAAACUUAGAAGGUGAUGCCUUCUCCAGGGACAGUUCCUCAAGGGCUAUGGCGUACGGAUUGUGGCCAGGUCCGUUUGAAUCAGCGGGUGUACCCGUGUCAGCUUUGUGAGCUGUCUGUGACCAUGUGUCUUCACAGCCGCCUCUGCCUGUCCUUGCUUUUCUCAAGUGAUGUCUAGAAUGAACGUGGUUUUUGGAAAAGCAGAAUGAAAAACUAAAAAGUGUAUCUUACACCUUUUCCUUACCCCAUGGAUAUUUUAUUUUUUGGUAGUUAAGGCAAAGUACCAGAAAAUUUGAAAUACCUGAAUACAUCAAGAUGUGCUUGUUUUGUUUUGUUUUGUUUCUUUCUUUAAUCCUCUGAGGUUCUGUGAUGAUAAUGGAUUGGUUAUCCUUUUGUUCUAGGUCCUCAUGUUUCUUUAUAAAAACCACGUCAUGGAAAAAAGCUACAAGGCGACAAGGGCCAAAAUCCAUUUGGGUACUCUCUGAAUCCUGAUUUUAAUUGCUAGAAUUCACCUAAAUUCUUGAGCUUCAUGAUAUAGGGACACGUGGAAUGAAAUAGAAACUGAACUAAUUAUGUUCACAUUUGGUAGACGUUAAAACCAUGUAAUGGCUCCUAGAGAUUUUCAGCAGUGAAAAACAUCUCAAACCAGAUCGUCCCUGACAGUUUGCUACUCUCCUUUUUCCUCUCAGGCUCCUGUCCUCAGCCUGCACCCCAGGUGCUCAGACCUGGGGUUCCCUGCAUUCCUGCUGAAGCUUGUCAUUUCUAUCCCCUCCUGCCCCAGGCUCCUGCCUUGUUCCCCCUUGAAACCAGUGGAUCCCGUACUUCCAUCUCUUGAGGAUAAGUGUUGGCUAGAGUAGAAGUUGGUGGGUCUGAGCUACACUAAACCGAGAAUGGGAAAGGUCUAGAAGAGAGUAUUGGACCUCUGUCAUCAGUAUAUAUUGCAUUGCAGCUCUGGUUCCAGUGCCCUUUCUAACCUGCGGAAUGACUCAUUUGUUUGGCUUACGGUGAAUAUCACUGGGCUCUUCAGUCCUUUCUCUCCAAGACUCAGUGUCUCUCCUGCAUGAGAAAGGAUCAGAGUGCUGCUCACCUCUCCCUGCCCCUGGAGUUCAUACACAGUGAUCCUCACUUGGUGAAUGGGAAGCAUAACAACACUGUUCGUCUGGGCAAGCUCCUUAUAACUUGCUAUAUACCUAGAAAUACAUGGUUUAGGGCUGAGGCCAAGGCAGGUUGCUUGUCCUUCCCCACUGAAUUGAAGACAGCUAGACUCACUGUGCAAAUCCGAAGUCAUUACCUCCCUCCCCACCCCCAUUCCCCACCCUACCUGGGCAUGUGGGGGCGACCUCAACACUGCCCUUUGUCACAUAUCCACUUGUUGGUGGCACUGGAGACCCUGGGUAAAUGUGCACUAUUUGUCAAUGCCAGGACUGUUCUCAGAUGUGAAAAGCAGUCAGAGUUGGUCAUGCUCUGUCCAGUCAUUUUAGCUCCUCUGCCUGGGGGAGGGGAAACUAAAGGCUAGUUGGAAGGGGAGGUUAGAUGUGUUCCCUUCAGCCCUUCCCGACUGGCAGAGUAAUGGGGAGAUGCCCCUUUCCUCAACUAAAGCCUAGUCAUUGGUUAGAAAACUCUUAAGUAUCUGGACUCAUCUAUGCCUCACCACGUCUUUUGAAUUGUAGUCUGUCUCAGGACACGUUUUCCUGUCUCGGAUAAGCCAGUUCACUUACAAACCGGUUUCAGAUCAAGCUUCGCUUGUGGAAAAUGGAGAUUCUGGUGGUGAUUAUGACGGCACUUCUCUUGUGAGUGGCCCUCCUAGACGAACAGUACUAUAAAAAUACUCUUAGACGACUUAGCUAGAAUUCUGACAUUAGGUAGAGCUUGUGCAUUACGUGUGCAUGGAUUAGUACCCAGAUACAGUUGAAGUCAUCUGUGUGUUGAAUGACAGAAGCCUGGAUUUGAGAUUGUGGCCCUGGAUAUCUGGAUAGUUGUGUGUUUAUGUGCUUUGGUGACAGAGGUGCUGUGUUCCGACAGCUUAGACUCUGAAGCAGCCAUUCACGGAAAAGGUUAAGGGCGAAAGGAUCAGCCCUGUUUUCCAUACCAGCAUUACUUCAUGGCUCAUGGAUCUGAAGGACUGCUUUUAAGAACGUCUGGUACUAUCGUACUCGGAAACCGUGGUCAAAGUCACAUUGUUAAAACUUGAGGCAACUUGUAUUCUUGUGGGAAAUCAUUAGUCCUGUAAUUUCUUAAUUGUCUUCAUACAGACCAUGUAUAAAGAACAUGACCGCCCUCUCUACAUUUGAAUAAUCAGAUGUAGGUUAGUGAAGGAGACUAGGGAAUAUUUUCUUUCAAAAGGAAUUUGAAAUCAGUUUUAUAGUAUUUUUUAAAUUAAAGUACUCCCUAACAUAUCAAAAUGCAGAUGUUAUCUCAGAUUUUUUGACUGCUCAAGCACAUAAUCUGAUAAGGCUCUUUUUUUCUGUUUAAAGUAAUUUUUAUUUUCUGUUUUCAACCAUUU